AUGACAGCUAGGACAGUUACCAUUUCUCAUGCGCCAGAACCCACACAGUUACUCUGGCCAAACAUAUGCACUAGAAAACCUGGCUCGAAUGACCUCCUAACCGGUACCAAUGGACUUUUAUCAAUACUGAAGUCAACCGGCCAUGUUGGCGGUCAGCCAAUCCCAGCCAAAUCCCGAAAAGCCCACUUUGACAAUAUUGCACUGGAACGAAUACGAUACUUUGAACAAGAAGAGUGCCCAAUAAUAAUCUCAACCGUCGGAAGUAAUGCGGAUAACAAUGAAAUUCGUCAAUACAUUCCCAAAAAAGAUACCCAACACUGGCAACGCAUCAGUAUCACCUACACAAACUGGACACCUCUAUCUAUUGAAACUCAUAGACUGGCACCUAUGGUUCUUUUGGAAAUGAUUCUUGCAGAACGACCCAGCUCAGAAGACCAAGAAGAUACCGAACACAAUAACGAUGCACGUGAAGACGUGACCAGAUUGAAAGGUACUGUACGGGUCCGGAACCAGUCUUACCACAAACAAGUAUCAAUACGGUAUACACUGAACGACUGGCAAUCGUUUGGUACUGUUAACGGAUAUUAUACUCGAUCGAUUUCUCCUCUAUACGACGAAUUUUCCUUUGACUUGGACAUUCCUCUGACCUUAUCGUCGGAUCAUCAAGCCACUAUCAGCACCCAAGUUGAAAUGGCAGUCCAGUAUUGCUUCAAUGGUCGGGAGUUUUGGGAUAAUAAUAACAGCAGAAAUUAUAAGCUCUUUGUCACACGACAUCCCACCGUACCGAAGAAGCCUUCGGUUGUGUAUCCUAAAACGAUCAAGCGACCACAUUCAGCCACUUCGUUAUUUACCUCCACUCAACCGCCGCCGCCUGUUGCGGAGCUGACCAAACAAUCUGCCGCACAUGACUCCGAACCUCCCACUGACAGCUCCAACAAUAAUAAUAUCAUUUCGUAUCCAAGUUACAACAAGAACAAUGUCUUGCUGAAAAAGCAUUUUAUGCAAGAAGUUUCCCUCGAAACCCUGUGCAGUGCUAAGCCUAAACAUUCUGGCAUUCGGCACAUAUCUAAACCCUGUAAUUAUGCUACCCUGUUGACAGAUGCUCCGCCUGCAGUUGCCCCAACCGUGAGCGAUUCUUUAUCUCAGACCUGGGUAAAAAAAUAUAGCUACCACGGCCAGCAACUAACUCGACAUAGACCUUCCAUUUUACUGUGA